ACUUCCUUUCCCCUCCACCGACUACGGAGUACUACCACUCGGAAGGAAUCCAGCCCUAUCGCCGCGCGUCACCCAAUGAAAAAGGUGGAUUUUGGAUUCAUUCCUUCUUUGAUCAUCUUUCAUCGUCCUCAUACGAGGUAUCAUAUGCAUGCACCCUCUCUUUCUCUGGCUCUGGCUCUGACUCUGACUCUGACUCUGACUGUUUUGGUGAUUUCGCCUCUCCCUGCACUGUACUCCCUACUAUGUAUUGGACUACGGCUACGUGCUGUUUGGCACCCGAAUGAAGUAGCACACUGUACCCAGGCACUGCCAGGUAUAAUGCAAUAGAGUAGUUACCUAGCAAGUCGAUACAUUCCUGCCAAGGCUGCGCGGCA